AUGAACGUUCAAGAUAUUUAUGCCGAAGUUUCCAAGCGAUACUCAGCUGCCGCUGGAAAUGUAGAAGCUCAAUACGCCGAUUCUGUGGCGAAAGCGUUUGGCUACACAAAGGAAGAACUAUCAGAGAUUCCUCAGGAUGCCAACCUAGGCCUGUCUUGUGGCAAUCCUCUUGCCAUCGCGACUCUCCGUGAAGGCGAAACCGUCAUUGACCUGGGAAGCGGUGCUGGACUUGAUACCUUCCUUGCCUCUCAAAAAGUCGGUCUCACGGGUAGAGUGAUUGGCGUGGACAUGAAUGAGGAUAUGCUCAAGAAGGCAGAGGGACUAAAAGCUGCGUGGGGCAAGAAUAACGUCGAGUUCGUAAAAUCACAAAUCACGCGCAUUGCUCUCGACGACGGUAUUGCAGAUUGCGUCAUAUCCAACUGCGUCGUCAAUCUUGUUCCUGAAGAGGAGAAACAACUCGUCUUUAAUGAAAUGUUCCGUCUCUUGAAGCCUGGUGGACGAGUUGCCAUUUCAGACAUUCUUGCCAAGCGUCCAUUGCCAGACAACAUCAAGAGGAGCAUGACCUUGUAUGUUGGUUGCAUUGCAGGAGCCAGUGAAGUGGAGAUGUACCAGAAGUAUUUAAGAGAAGCUGGCUUCAAUGGCAUCAUCAUACAAGAUUCAGGAAACGACCUAAAUGUCUAUCACAGUGAGAUGACCGACAACUGCUGUAAGAGUCUUUCCACUCGCGAUUCUUGUUCUGCGGAGAAAGACCAGGAUUGUUGUGCGAAAACCGGCUGCAGCUCGACGGAAAAUAGCAUGGCUAGCACUAAAAAUGUUGACUUCAAUGAGUGGACUGCUUCGUACAAGAUAUUUGCCGUCAAAGAUUGA